ACUCUUUAAUACACAAUCAGAUUACGUUGUAACAAAAUUUCUAUUACUGCCAAAUGCAUUUCUUUGGCACGAAAGACAAAGCUCCUAUUUAUGCCGGUAUAGCCGUCGUAUCCUUCAUGAUCCUCACCGGUUUAACCUUUGCCGGUACGGCCGUGGCUCUAACCGUUAUGAUACCGGUUUUGGUGGUUCUUAGUCCGAUUCUCGUACCGGCGGUAAUCACAUCGAGUUUCUUGGCAACGGGGUUCCUAGCUUCUGGUAGCCUCGGAGCAUUGGGGAUCGCCCUCCUCAUAUGGCUCUACAAGAAAGAAGAGUAUUCCAGAGCUACUUUGCAUGCACGAGGAGGUAGGCCUGAUGGGCCUAACAAGCUGGCAGAAAGUGGCAAGCAAUCAGGAGGAGAUAAUCCGUUGAAGGAAGACAAGCCGCCAGAAAGAGAUAAGCUGCCGAGAAAAGACAAGCCAUCCAAGGAAGACAAUCUGCUGAAAGGAGAUAAGCCGGUCGAGGAGGAUAAAUUGCCGGCUGAGGAAGAAAAACCGCCACAAAAAGAUAAACCGGCGGAGGGACACAAACCGCCACAAAAAGAUAAACCGGCGGAAGGAGAUAAACCGGUGGAGGAAGACAAACCGCCACAAAAAGAUAAACCGGCGGAAGGAGAUAAGCAUGUGGAAGAAGAUAUGCCUUUAGGAGGAGUUGAGCAUUUGUCAAUCCCUGAGAUACCAAAGGUUAUGGUGGUGGAGCAAAACCCAAUUGUCCCCAAGUGUUGCGGCCCAAGUACUUGUACUAAAAGGUGUCACCCAUUUCGAUUCGCCAUGGAUGCUAAUGCUACUAAAGCACGAUCUAUUUUUAUGAAAGAAUACCAAAAAGUCCCCCGUGUAGGAGCUUUUGCAUAUAAAUAUUUUACAUCUCGUGACAAAAAAUACGUAAACCAUUUUCAUAUAUGACAUUUGGGACUUGGGUGGUUAUUAUUUUAAAGGGUACGCUUUUACCUUAUAAAGAGUUCAAACGAAAUUUAUCAUUUUGAAGGUAUUAAAUACUAUAAGCUAAUGUGUUUUUGUUUAUAAAUAUGCUGCUAUUAAUGUACUUUAGAAAG